CUUUUGCGCGCGCUGUUCUGUUCCCGGAACCACACGCUCUCUUUACUUACACUCCCUUUCUGCUCCCCCAACCAACCAACCAAAAACUCCCUCCAUACUAUCCGUGCAAAAGUCUCAUCUCUACUAACACCCCCAAAAAUCCCUUCAAGUCUAAUCUUUGCGCGUCUUGAUACUCUGCAUCCCAUAACAACACAACCACAUCCUUUCCAUCAUUUCUGAGCGAUUUUUUCCACCUGGAUGACUUCGCUCAACCCACUCCUUUUUAAUUUAGCGCGUUAAUCGGAUGUUGUGUUCCCGAAAUAGACUCGAUGCUCCGCGAAGAGCUCCUUCGGUCUAAGAACGAUGAGAUCGCACGUUGUUUGUUGUCGCGGAAGCGCAAACUGAGCGAGCUCUACUUUGCGACCGUAGGCUUCGCGGGCGCGACUGAGAACCCGUCCGCGGACUCGCUAUACCAUCAGAAAGAACAGGCGUUCCUCGAUGCCAACGAUCUUUCCAAGUAAGUCUUACAACCACUAUUCCUGUCAAAUAUUUUAUUUAUUUAUUUAUUAUUUUUUCUUUAAUAUUGUCUUUCGACUCUUAUGUUGGUUUUCUUUAU